AUGUCUGCGAUCCUCAGUUGUCGAAAAGACUGCCGCAUCGGGGCAAAGCAGCAAUCUACACGGACGGAGCCAGUUGUUGGAGAAAACUGGCCAGGCAGAAUCACUGGGCCCUUUCAGGCCGUGCAUCGAAAGAAGGAUUUUUGCAGCAAGCUCGCUCCAAUGCCAAGAGGCUUUUCCGAACUCACGGGAACGCAAUGCUUCGAUCGUGCCUGGCAGUCCCUCAAGGCAUUCAUCCCUGGGUCCAUCCGCCAUCGCUUGCGGGACGGCUUGAACCCUGAACUGCGCAAGUGGACAUUCCAGUGGUGCUAUCGGCACAACCAUGUGCAGGGAAAGCUUCCCAAAAUCAUCUUUUAUCAGGUCUUGAAAUUCAGGCCUUGGAAGAACUGA